GUCAACAUCGCUUACUGUUGUGGCCAAACCGAGGAUGUGUGCUUGCCCAGCUGGAGUCGUACCUCUCUACUCGGCUUCUGAACAUCUGUGAUUUAAUGUCUUCGCGAAAGGAACUGCGUCCAGUAUUUUGGGAUUCUGACACGUUGGAGAGGAUUGCACGACUUUGAAAACGGACUGUGGAGUGACGAUAACGCUGCACUGAUUUAUGGUUAUUAAAAGAGUCGUAAAAGUUGGAGUUGUAUGCCAUUUUCAUUUUCGCCCUUUGGCUUUGGAAGGACAUGCGAUAUAUCCGCUCAGGUUGGGUUUAUUUUCAGAUAGUCCGACAAUAUUCACCCUCCGUGCCGUGUGUUUGUCCACCGUUGUCCGUCAGCGUAGUAUAUUCUAGCUAGCUAACGUUAUCGGACUGCUGUGACUAUGGCGCUCAUCACCAAGACGCUGCGAGACCGCUUCCAAUAUGUGUCUUUGGUUUGGAAUGCGCCUAAAACCGUGUUCCCGAGAUAAGUGCGGCUAUGUGGGGAAUCGGAUGUUAUGUCAUAUAGUGACAUCCCCUGCGUUUUAUUGAACCAUAUCACUUCUGUCAUAUCGGACGCAACAUCAUUUCAUUUACCGCGUCGGUGUAACGUGAAAUUUACGUCAACUGAUUUCACUCCACACUGGUUUGAUAUCCAACCGUGACAACGGCGCCUCUCCUUGACGUUAAAGCUUUCCAAGGGGCUAAUCUGACGCUGCGUGCCCGCCCCCUCAUCACCUGCUCGGCCCCGCGACGCCAGGUGUGUCCGGCAGGGCCAAGAUGUGGAGCCCGGGCCCCUCCAGCCUCCAGCUGCUGGUCAAGAGUGUGAAGCACGUGGUGGGUAAGGGGCAGAUCCAGCUGAGCCGCUGGCUGCAGAGGAGUUCGCCGGACGCCAUGGACUGCGACAAGAUGGACAUCCUGAUCUGCAAGGCCUUCGACGAGAGGGGCUCCGUGAACGGGAAGUCCGAGGCCGUCCUGGACGGCGGUGGCGGCGGCGGCGGCGGCGAUUCCGGAGCGUCGUCGGACUUCCGGCACCCGUGCUGCAUCACCACCUGCUGCCUGAGGGGGGCGCUCCUGGCCUGCAUCCUGACGGGCGUGUGCUUCUCGUCCGUGGCGCUCGUGCGGCAGCACCUCAAGGCCCUGCUGCUGUGGGCCGAGACGCUGGACGGCCUGUUGGGGGCGCUACUGUUCGUGCUGGGCCUGGUCGCCGUGGCGUUCCCGUGCGGCUGGGGCUACAUCGUGCUGAACGUGGCCGCGGGGUACCUGUACGGCUUCCUGCUGGGCGUUGCCCUGGUGAUGGUGGGCGUUCUGAUCGGGACGUUGGUGGCCCACGUGGUGUGCAAGCGGUUGCUAAGCGACUGGGUGCUCAGCAAGGUGGGGGCCAACGAGCAGCUCGGCGCCGUCAUGCGCGUAGUGGGGGGGGGCAGCGGACUCAAGAUCAUCGCCCUCGCCAGACUCACACCCAUCCCCUUCGGUCUCCAGAACGCCGUCUUCUCCAUCACGGACGUGUCGUUGCCCAGCAACCUGGUGGCCUCCUCGGUGGGUCUGCUGCCCACCCAGCUGCUGAACUCGUACCUGGGCACCACCCUGCGCACCAUGGAGGACGUCAUCGCCCAGCAGAGCAUCAGCGGCUACUUCCUCUUCAGCCUGCAGAUCGUGAUCAGUAUCGGCCUGAUGUUCUAUGUGGUCCAUCGUGCCCAGUUGGAGCUGAACGCUGCCAUCGCGGCGUGUCAGAUGGAGCUGAAGACGUCGUAUCAGAACGGGGGUUCGGGGGGGGGGCACUCGGGACCCCCCUACUGCAGCAAACGCUCCACCGCCACCAGCGGAGUCAACAUCGUCUGA